AAUAUGGUACUUAUAUUUGUUAACAGAAUCUUCUAAGAUGGAACGUGUGUUAUUAAAUGCAACUCUGAAGGUUUGACUUUAAUUUUAGCAGUGAAAAUUGCAAGUGCAAGGUAAUAGAAUGAACACAACUCGCAUUAUGUCAUCAUUAGUUGAUUAAUUGAGUUGAAUGAAGCCUAUCAACUGUACCAGAAAUAUUAAGGCUGCUUGUAGCCUCUUCACCAGCAGUCAAGAAAAUUUCAUUCCGUAAAAGUGAUUAAUGUAAACUUCGAAUAUUUCUCAAGUGUAUUUAUACGAAUACAUUUCUGUGUACACAAUCUUGAAUACCAAAUACAAGAUACAGUGAAAAAGUGAACUGUGGAUCUGGUCUUACAUUAUUUCAUGUUGCUGGCUUAAGACUUACGGUCCUGAAAUCUGGGUGACCACACCAAUAUUGAAAAGUUAAAAAAAUUAUAAAAUAUACGUCUGUAUCAAAAAUAACAGAAGCAACUCACACAGGAGAAAGAGGUGUACGUUUAGCAUCUUAUACAUCGACAAUAUGGAAUAUUCUUUCGCUGCUACGAACGACUGUGAAGUUCCCAAAUCGACGACCAGGUUACGACUUGACUCGUUCAGCAAUCUACCACCAUCACAAGUUCACUUGACGCCAGCUGGUGGUGUACUACCAUCACCAACAACAACAACCAAACCAUCAUCACCAACAACAGCAACAACACCAUCAAGGGCAGAAACUGCGUCAUCUACUGCAACAACUGCACCAUCAUUACCAACAACAACAAUAAAAACACUAUCACCAUCAACAACAACGACAACAACAGCUACUCAACCGCCAACAACAACAGCUACUACAACUACAGUACCAAACCCAACACCAGCACCAUUACUACCUCCAUCAUUACAACCAUCACCCCCAACAGUACCACAAGAAUCACCAACAUCAUCGCAGGCAAUAACAGUACUCGAGGCAACAGAAACAACAGUACCACAAGCAGCAGCAACAACAGUACCACAAGAAUCACCAACAACAGCAUCACAGGCAACAGCAACAACAAUUCCACAAGUUGCAGCAACAACAGUACCACGGGCAAAAGCAACUACGGUACCACCAGCAGCAGGAACAACGGCACCACAGGCAACAACAGCAACAACAGUAUCACAGGUAUCACCUCAAAACCUUCCCAACAUCGGCAGCAGCUACGUCAGUGCUAUACUACAGUGUCUGAAUAGUAUACGAGAACUUAGCAACUAUUUCGUCUAUAGCUACUACGUGAGAGAUCUGAAACAAGAUAAUUUGAGGAACAUAGAAGUUGUGGAGAGUCUGGUCCAUGUUUUCUCUGCCCUGCGCCACAGCGAACCUGCCACGGUCGUCGUCAGAGAAUUCACGAGUAUCCUGGGCAAGUAUGAUCAUCAGUUCCAGGGCAGGAAGCAACAGGACGCUCAUGAUUUCUUGUGUGUGGUUCUGGCCUGUCUUCAUGACGCUCUCAGCAUGGGUCCACAUCCCCAGGAAGUCUCCAUCAUCUCUCAGAUCUUUCACGGGGAGCAGGAGUUUCGUAUCGUGUGCCCGAGGUCCCAGAGAAUCAUCUCUUGUACCAGAGAACCCUUCGUCAGCCUCAGCCUCGCCGUCAACAUGACCAGGAACUGGUCUCUGCAGGACCUUCUCAGAAACCACUUCAGAAUGCAGGGAGUAGAAUGGCAGUGUGAAGUGUGUAAACGAGAGCACCUUUGCUACAAGUACACCUUCAUUGUCGUUCUACCAGUCGUUCUCAUCAUUCACCUGAGUAGGUACGAGCACCUAGCCCUUCAGGGCAGGAAGAACCUUGUGGAGUACCCUGAGAAGGACCUGCUUGUCAACAGCUACCCAUCAGUGGACACAUUCAGGACGACCACCUACAACCUGGUGAGUGCGUGUUACCACGUAGGUACGACCACAAGCGGCCACUACAGCGCCUCUUGCCUGAGUAAGGAUGACCAGGUGUGGUACCUGUACCAGGAUGACCAGGUGGUGAGGCAGGGUGGUCGCCACCACCGUGCCGCCCACGCCGCCCACAUUCUCUUCUACUACGCUAAGUGUGAGACCGACCCCAGACCUAACCCACGACAGUGGGACAAGUCCAUGGUCCCUGGACCAGCCCUCAGCCGACACUAACGACUGUGAGACAUGCAGAGUCGGAUCUUCUGUGAAACUAACGAAGCUUAACCUUUAGGGCCCCUCAUCCCGGAGCGACUUUUGUCCACAUUGCUUAAAAAUUUUGAGUCUAUGAGGUUUUUUAAAUAAUAACAUUAAUAAUAUAGUGUAAUUCAAUACAAAAUAAUAGUUAAAAUAAAAAUGAUAAGAUUAUUAAAGCAUUAUGUAGGUCUAGCCGUUGCUGGUUGCCACAAAAAUGUAGGUCCGCCACUGGGCGCAUGUCCUAGGCCCCUGAACCCAACGGAGGACUUAACCAACAACCUUUUGGUCAUCCCGAGUUAUAGUAAUAAGUAAUGGUAGCGCUCCAGUUCUGCUGGAAGGACAACUUGAAGGUAACGUAGAUAAUGAAACUUCACUGGAAUACUUGAUGAUAUCCCCCAUUGCCACACUGGAGUCUCGCAGCUCAGACUAACACAUUUUAUUACCAUACGUAAGACACCCAUUGUGGGGAUUAAAUUACCUGCAUGAACCUCAUUAUAUUCAUACCAGUAAUUUAAUGAAUGCAACAAAGAUAAUUAUUUCUUACCAAAUGCUACAACUCUGAGGCAUUUAGGAAUAUUUUGAGACACCGUAGGGCACCAGGAGAAUGUCUCCCUUCGACACCCACUACCCUCAUACAUUCCCACAAUCUACUCUGCACCUAUAAAUAUAAACUUCAAAUUUAAAAAACACAACCAGUAAUUCUGGUAAUAAUAUUUACAUUAAAAUUGUGUGGACUGUAUAAAUGGAGUAAAUUGACAGAAGGAAGGGGGGGGAGUGAAUACAUGUAUUUAUACAUAUGAGAAGGAAGGGGGAGGAUUGGUUCCCAACAUAUACGUUUCACCUUGUACCUGCUGCAAAACUUUAAAUAACGGUUCAGACUCGUAGGUGAAUUUUUCUUCCAUUGACACCGUAUUUCCUGUCGGUGGUUCUUCUGCAGAUUUGCUGUUCUGAGACUUAAUUUUCUGAUUAGUUUUAUUGAUUUUCUUCUUUGUCAUAUUUACUAUUCCUUGUAAGUUAAUGUUUUUUUUUGUGUAGAACAUCACAAGACCUUCUCAUGUUAGUGCUAACAGGAUAUCUCGAAGUUCUAGUACUGUAAGACCCAAGACAUAUUUUAGGUCGAUGGCCGUCAUAGCAUGAUAAUGAAAAAGAACUUCAGUCACCCAACAGGUCUUCGUAGAAAAAAUAACAUUUUGCAGCCAUUCUAGUGAGCUCUUGCAGUCUGUCCAUGACUCAAAUUUGUCUGGGGGUGGCCUUAUGUAGCAAGAUAACCCACAACCCCUGCCUAGAUAUGAGGAACCUAACUGGCCAGAAGUUCAACAUAUAAAGUGUCGUAUACUUAGCUUUGGGUGUGAUGGCUCCUUAUUAUCCCUUUUUAACAUCUACUUUCUAAGUCCUGCCAAGUCGUUGGUUUCGCACAUUUUGCAGGACCGUAAUUCUGAUUCUUCUUGUUCCUAUUUGAGAGGCUUAAACCACAUUUAACCUCCAGAACCACUGAAUAAUUCCUCAAAUUUCACUGUCGUCUUGUUCCUCCAAUUUCAAUAUGGCGUCCUCGUCCCAGCCGACACUACGUGUUUGCUGGUUCCCUUUUUAAUUCCCAAAUUAAUUUUAACCAACAACAAUGCAUUUCAUUGAAUUACAUGCUAAUGCACUAUGCGUUCAGAAAAUUCAAAAUAUUUUCCACACCCAUCCUGUGUGAUGGAAUAUUACAGGAAACCCAUCCUGUGUGAUGGAUAUGACAGGAAACCCAUUCUGUGUGAUGGAUAUGACAGGAAACCCAUCCUGUGUGAUGGAAUAUGACAGGAAACCCAUCCUGUAUGAUGGAAUAUGACAGGAAACCCAUCCUGUGUGAUGGAAUAUGACAGGAAACCCAUCCUGUGUGAUGGAAUAUGACAGGAAACCCAUCCUGUGUGAUGGAAUAUGACAGGAAACCCAUCCUGUGUGAUGGAAUGCGACAGGAAACCCAUCCUGUGUGAUGGAAUAUGACAGGAAACCCAUCCUGUGUGAUGGAAUAUAACAGGAAACCCAUCCUGUGUGAUGGAAUAUGACAGGAAACCCAUCCUGUGUGAUGGAAUAUGACAGGAAACCCAUCCUGUGUGAUGGAAUAUGACAGGAAACCCAUCCUGUGUGAUGGAAUAUGACAGGAAAGCCAUCCUGUGUGAUGGAAUGUGACAGGAAACCCAUCCUGUGUGAUGAAAUACGAGAGGGAAAUUUAGUUAGCAUUUGUUCCCAUAAUUUUAUAUAUACUCUGAAGGAUACACACUGCUAGAAACACUCAGUAGAUACAUAUUCAUAUACUAAGAUAGAUAUAUACACUCUCAGUGUAAAUACUGUAAACUGAGACAUACGUACCACUGACUUCUCUCAGUGUAUAUACACUGCGAAACAAUCAUGCUUGUCAGUGUAAAUACAGUGAGAUUUAUGAUACUGUAAUACAUUAAAUAUUGGUUAUAAAAAUAUUAUUCAUUGAUAAAAUAAAAAUUAGUAGUUAAUAAUAACACUGUUACUACUACUAUCGCUGUUUCUAUUACUGCUACAACUACUACUACACUACUGCUACUAGUACACUAUAAUACUGCUACUACUACCAUUACCACUACUACCAGUACUACUACUACCAUCACUGUUACUACUACUACUACUACUGCUGCUGCUGUUCUUACAAUAAUAAUGUUUCACUAGUAGUACUUAUAAAAUCACGAACUGAAUUACAAGCAUCAAACUCAUGUGGAUUACAAAGUAUUUUUCAUAUAAGUGAACAUUGUGUAAUGAUAAUAACAAUACAGUAAUUACAUUUAGAGUAAUAAAACUAUCAACAAUAAUGACUAUACCUAAAUAACAGCAGUAGUGUUACUAGCUGAAUGUUUCUCAUCUUUUAAUGUCAUGUAUAAGAGAAUUAAUACUUUUCAAUAAAUUUGAUAUAUUUCUCAUUCAGUUUUUCUCAUAUCAUUUUCUUCUUCCAAAAAAAAUAAGAGCGAUUAUUAUAAAAUUGGAUUUAUGUAAGAUUAUUUUUAAUUUCAAAUUUAUUUAAACGAUUGUCACCUUUAUUUUGAUUAACUUUGUUUUUCUUAACCUGAUAAUAUAUAUAUAUAUAUAUAUAUAUAUAUAUAUAUAUAUAUAUAUAUAUAUAUAUAUAUAUAUAUAUAUAUAUAUAUAUAUAUAUAUGAUAGAGUGGGAGAGGCACUGUCAAGAAAUUUUAAUGAAAAUAAGAAAAAAUUUUGGAGUGAGUUAAACAAGUUAAGAAAGCCUAGGGAAAGUAUGGAUUUGUCAGUUAAAAACAGAGUAGGGGAGUUAGCAGAUGGGGAGAUGGAGGUAUUAGGUAGAUGGCGAGAGUAUUUUGAGGAACUUUUAAAUGUUGAGGAAGAAAGGGAGGCGGUAAUUUCAUGCACUGGCCAGGGAGGUAUACCAUCUUUUAGGAGUGAAGAAGAACAGAAUGUAAGUGUGGUGGAGGUACGUGAGGCAUUACGUAGAAUGAAAGGGGGUAAAGCAGCUGGAACUGAUGGGAUCAUGACAGAAAUGUUAAAAGCAGGGGGGAUAUAGUGUUGGAGUGGUUGGUACUUUUGUUUAAUAAAUGUAUGAAAGAGGGGAAGGUACCAAGGGAUUGGCGGAGAGCAUGUAUAGUCCCUUUAUAUAAAGGGAAAGGGGACAAAAGAGAUUGUAAAAAUUAUAGAGGAAUAAGUUUACUGAGUAUACCAGGAAAAGUGUACGGUAGGGUUAUAAUUGAAAGAAUUAGAGGUAAGACAGAAUGUAGGAUUGCGGAUGAGCAAGGAGGCUUCAGAGUGGGUAGGGGAUGUGUAGAUCAAGUGUUUACAUUGAAGCAUAUAUGUGAACAGUAUUUAGAUAAAGGUAGGGAAGUUUUUAUUGCAUUUAUGGAUUUAGAAAAGGCAUUUGAUAGAGUGGAUAGGGGAGCAAUGUGGCAGAUGUUGCAAGUAUAUGGAAUAGGUGGUAAGUUACUAAAUGCUGUAAAGAGUUUUUAUGAGGAUAGUGAGGCUCAGGUUAGGGUGUGUAGAAGAGAGGGAGACUACUUCCCGGUAAAAGUAGGUCUUAGACAGGGAUGUGUAAUGUCACCAUGGUUGUUUAAUAUAUUUAUACAUGGGGUUGUAAAAGAAGUAAAUGUUAGGGUGUUCGGGAGAGGGGUGGGAUUAAAUUAUGGGGAAUCAAAUUCAAAAUGGGAAUUAACACAGUUACUUUUUGCUGAUGAUACUGUGCUUAUGGGAGAUUCUAAAGAAAAAUUGCAAAGGUUAGUGGAUGAGUUUGGGAAUGUGUGUAAAGGUAGAAAGUUGAAAGUGAACAUAGAAAAGAGUAAGGUGAUGAGGGUAUCAAAUGAUUUAGAUAAAGAAAAAUUGGAUAUCAAAUUGGGGAGGAGGAGUAUGGAUAGUUAAUGUUUUCAGAUACUUGGGAGUUGACGUGUCGGCGGAUGGAUUUAUGAAGGAUGAGGUUAAUCAUAGAAUUGAUGAGGGGAAAAAGGUGAGUGGUGCAUUGAGGUAUAUGUGGAGUCAAAAAACGUUAUCUAUGGAGGCAAAGAAGGGAAUGUAUGAAAGUAUAGUAGUACCAACACUCUUAUAUGGGUGUGAAGCUUGGGUGGUAAAUGCAGCAGCGAGGAGACGGUUGGAGGCAGUGGAGAUGUCCUGUCUAAGGGCAAUGUGUGGUGUAAAUAUUAUGCAGAAAAUUCGGAGUGUGGAAAUUAGGAAAAGGUGUGGAGUUAAUAAAAGUAUUAGUCAGAGGGCAGAAGAGGGGUUGUUGAGGUGGUUUGGUCAUUUAGAGAGAAUGGAUCAAAGAAUAACAUGGAAAGCAUAUAAAUCUAUAGGGGAAGGAAGGCGAGGUACGGGUCGUCCUCGAAAGGGUUGGAGAGAGGGGUAAAGGAGGUUUUGUGGGCAAGGGGCUUGGACUUCCAACAAGCGUGCGUGAGCGUGUUAGAUAGGAGUGAAUGGAGACGAAUGGUACUUGGGACCUGACGAUCUGUUGGAGUGUGAGCAGGGUAAUAUUUAGUGAAGGGAUUCAGGGAAACCGGUUAUUUUCAUAUAGUCAGACUUGAGUCCUGGAAAUGGGAAGUACAAUGCCUGCACUUUAAAGGAGGGGUUUGGGAUAUUGGCAGUUUGGAGGGAUAUGUUGUGUAUCUUUAUACGUAUAUGCUUCUAAACUGUUGUAUUCUGAGCACCUCUGCAAAAACAGUGAUAAUGUGUGAGUGUGGUGAAAGUGUUGAAUGAUGAUGAAAGCAUUUUCUUUUGGGGGAUUUUCUUUCUUUUUUGGGUCACUCUGCCUCGGUGGGAGACGGCCAACUUGUUGAAAAAUAUAUAUAUAUAUAUAUAAACACUGAUCUCUGGCUGAAGGAGACUUGAACCUACGAACCUUGGAACAAGGUACGCAGUGUUUUACCAAUCUACCCACACUGGACCAGUACCUUGGAGUCCACCUUGCGCUAGACUUUGAUCCAAGGCAGCCAGCUUUCAGGGAGAAGGCUUACAGCUUUCCAUCUCAUCCCCUGCAUGCAUCAGCCUUACUAGAGAUAUUAACAAUGCAAGGAAUUCGCAAGAGAGGCGAAAUAUACACAAACACUGAUCUCUGGCUGAAGGAGACUCGAACCUACGAACCUAUGAAAGCUGGCUGCCUUGGAUCAAAGUCUAGCGCAAGCUGGACUCCAAGGUAUUAGUCCAGUGUGGGUAGAUUGGUAAAGCACUGCGUACCUUGUUCCAAGGUUCGUAGGUUCGAGUCUC